UCAGGGCUUAAAUGCUUGAUAAUUUUUGUUUUUUCAUUUUCUACAAAAUUUUAUUGUUUUCUAUUUUUUACCUAAUUACCUAAUUAUUAUUUUACGUGUGAUUUAUAUUUCUUAAACGUUGUACAUUCUAUACAAAUUGUAUUAUUGGAAAUUAAUAUUAUAUUCUAAGAACGCCGACUAGCUCAAUAUAAAUGUAAGGCUGCCAUGAAUCCAAGGCUUGUUCGAACAAUAUGGGAGGCUGUUUAGGUUUACAAAGAAAUCGCAGGGGAAGGAAUGCAUCCUCGGACAAUGGAUCUCGCCCGAGUUCUGGUACUAAUAGAAAAAACCAUCCAUUAUGCCAUGAAACUAUCCGUUGGAAAUCUGAUGUUCCCUUAACUGAAGGUCAGUUGAGAAGCAAAAGAGAUGAAUUUUGGGAUACAGCUCCAGCAUUUGAAGGACGUAAAGAAAUAUGGGAUGCAUUAAGAGCAGCUACUGCAGCUGCGGAAACGACUGAUUUUCAAUUGGCACAAGCUAUAUUGGAUGGCGCUAACAUUUCAGUUCCUAAUGGAUUUCUAACUGAGUGCUAUGAUGAGCUAGGAACACGAUACCAAGUUCCAGUAUACUGUCUUUCUUAUCCUAUAAAUAUAGUAAAAGAAGGGAGCGGAAGAGAUUCUCCAAUUGAACAAACAGAAUCCACAGAUGAAGGUUCUGAAAUUAUGUUAAAACUCCGUCUAUCAUCAAAUUGUCAAGAUAUAAAAAUGCCACUCAUGACAAGAGAUACAAUAGCACAGGCUAAAAAGAAAUUGCAAGCUAAACAAGGCAUUGAACCUUUACAUCAAAGAUGGUUUUUUGGCGGUAAGCUUUUGGGUGAUAAAUUACAUAUAGAUGAAGCAAGAAUUCUUCCAAGUUAUGUAAUUCAAGUAAUCAUUAAUCCUGAACCAACAAAUGAAAGCUGAAUUCUAAUUGCUAUCAUUUUGUUAUAGUUAAUCAUUUAUCAAUAUAAUAUGCUUAUCUAAAUAGGAACAAAUAUUGAUAUUACAUAAUUUUCACUUGUUAUAUUUUAUUGUUUAUUCAACGCUUUAAAGAAUGUCCAGUAAAAUUUCACAAUUUUUAUAAUUAACUUAAAUUGGUUACCCUGUAAUUAACUUAAAACUAUUUCAUUAAUUAACACUAUUGUGAAAUCUUUUAUGCUUACACUGUCAGUUUCUUUAUUGUAGAUAUGUUAUAUAAAAUAAAUUAUUGUAAAAUAUAAAAUAUAUAACAUUUAUCUAAUCAAUGCAAAAUUUCUUACAUAACUAAAACUAAGUCUAACAAUUAAAUUAUUUUGGCAUUAUAAUUUUAAUUUAUAUUUUUUAUUGAAUUUAAGGUUUUUAAUGAAUUUUUAUAUUAUUGAUCAUGGUAUAGUAUUUUGACAAAAAAUAGGUAAAAGUACAAAAUUUAAUGAUCAAACUUAAUAUCUAUAAGCUAUAAAAUACAUUUCCUUAUACAUUUUAUACUCAAGUGUUAAGGUAAAUUAUUUAAGAUAAACAUUUUAUUCAUAACAAUUGUUUAUAAUAUUUUCUAAACUUAUUUAAAAUAUUGUUACUUAUUAAUUAUUAUGUUUGAAUUCAAUGUUUUUAUUUAUAUAUUUUUUAAUAUUUAAAGAUGCUAUUUUAGUUUUUUUUUACUUUGUAUUUUGUUUUUUUUUUUAGUAAAUGGUAUUUAAUUUAACGUCAGUAUAUUUAAAUAUGUUUUAACUUAUAUUGUUUUUAAAUAUUAAAAAUAAUAUAAUAAAUAUAUUAUGUUUGUGCUGAAAUUGUCACAUUCAGUGCUUUAAAAAUUAAGUAUUAUUCAAAUCAAGUUCUUUAUUUUUAGUGGAAAGCAACAUGUUUAUUGUUUAAUUGACUAAUGACUACUUAAAAUUAUUCUUGAACUAAAUUAAUAUUAUCUACUGUAAAUGGGAUUAAAUAAAAUAUUAUAUCUGUAUUGUAAUAAUUUUUAUAUUUUAAAUUAAAAAUAUGGUAAAAUAAAUAAUCAAUUUCGUUUUUA